GAUUAUUUCAAAAUGUAUGUAUAUGUUUUACGGCUUACAUUCAGAACUAACUGGCUACAACAUAAAAAACAUGAAAGCAAUACCAUGCACUAAAAGAGAAAGGCCCUCUUCGAAAACGAAUAACUUGUAUUCAACAAAAUGCUGGCCACAGCAGAAACUAUAGCAAGGACAGAGCAAAAAACAAGUGUUCACCAAACACCUGAUGCAAAAAACCGACGUGGGAAGCCUUUUUUGUGGAAACCUUUCAACAAAUCAAAAAGUCGUUCGACAGUUAAAAGAAUCAUAAAUGUCAUUGAUCAUUCACGGUGUGAAUAUUGCAGAUGUAACGAGAUCGCACCGAAAGAAAAGAGAGCAAGCGAAAUUAAUAUCAUAAUGAAAAACAGCCGCAAGAUAAUAGUCUCUGUAAGAAUAACAAAGCUGUUGGAACUGCAAACAUCAACGAUGAGCAUUUUUGAGAAUUGUAAGCGAGCAUGCAAAAGACUGGAACAUAUCAAAGGCACAGAAAUGCAUUCAGGAGAAAGACCGUAAGCUUGCACUUAGCCAGGAUGUAACAAAUUAUUUGCCCGAUCCGAUAAAUUUCAUAUUAAUAACAAAAAGAAACGAGUUAUUGGUCAUACAAUUCUUAUCUUUUAUAUAGAAAAUAUUGUAUACAUCAAUCUUUUA